UAGACAACCGGGGCCGGGAUGGUGGGGUACCUUAGUGGGGUCUUCCUCCAGAAUAUGUCCGUGCACCGACCUCCAUUGCUAACCCGAACCCUGACCACACCUGAUGCCUAGAUUCCAUCUUGUGAUUGCGAGAGGAAACAGGUUAUAAUUCGAAACAAUCGUAAUCCGUACUACCUAUGGUAGGACUGCCAAAUUGCCAAUAGGGUACUAGCUUCGGGGUUUAAUAUACUGUCAUGUUUUUCUUUGGAGGUGGGGGAUCUCGUGGGCGAAUCAUGUCCAGGGUGUUGCGUGUUGCUGCGCCUCCAUUGCGCCGCUGUUGUCUUGAUCCUUCCCGUCUCCUCCUCCUCCCGUAACAGAAGUUGGGUUGCUCCUUGUCUUCGUCUUCGUAUUUAUCGGCCUCCUCGUUGCAGUUGUAUUUGAAGCGUGUGUUUAUCAUUGCAGUUUACUUCAAGCCCGACCGCCACUUUAGAGCGUUACGUCUCUGCUGCAAGUCAUGGGCAAACCACCAUCCCCCGAUCUUCCACGCCCCGGUGGCGACGACGCUCUCUCGCUCCACACCCAGCAUAGCGCUGUCGAUAUCGAUGGAUAUAUCGACGAUGAUGCCCCCGAACUUAUAGGCGAUGACCUCCCGCCCCUCUACGACGAGGCCAGCGCCAGCAGUGCUCCUCUCCUGACCCCUGGCCCAUCUUUCAUGGUGCCACAGUAUAAGAGAGAUGAGACCACUGGCGUCGAGUACUAUCUCGACAGCCGACUAGACACGGACCCCAAACUUCUCGAGGAACACAUCCUCUGGUGGGCUUCAUUGCCACCGCGGCCGUAUGUCCGCAUCCUCGGCACGCACCGGCAGACAGUCAACAACGGCGGCAAGAAGGAGAAUAAGACGGUGGUCGAUUUCGACGUCAGGGUCGAGCUGACCCCCUACCUCUACUCGGACGCGACCCGCCGACUGUCGUGGCGCGAGCUGCGCACCGUCGAGAACGCCGACAAGGCGUAUCGCGGGACGGUGCUGCGCUCGAGGGACCCGUCGGCGAGGAAGGGCAUCCAGCUUAGCGCCCACAAGCCCUCGCUGGCCGAAUGGUGCCACCGGUACUGCGCCAAGCACGCCGGGCUGAAGCGCUUCACCCUCCGGCGCAAGAUGGUCGGUUUCGAGGAGCACCGCGUCCGGCAGAAGCUGAACUCGCUGAUCCGCUCGACCAACUACCGCGGCGCCAUCUGCAUCAGCGUCCCCGUCAUGGACGAGGCCGUUGAGGUGUACAACGAGUGCAAGACGAACGAGUGGCGGCUGACGACCUGGAUUCUCUGGCUCUGCAUCCUCACCGCUACCUUCCUCUUCACAUGGCCGUACCUUUUCUUCCGGACCAAGCGGUUCGAGGUCCUCGUCGCCGAGUGGUCCUUCUCCAAGCCCACCACCGACGGCGACCGCGAGUUUGUCAGCAUCGACGAGGCCCAGUGGUACAAUAUGUGGGGGAGAGCCAUCAACCGUGCCGUGCUCGAGAAGCGGCAGGGCACCCUGGGCCAACAGGAGCUCUUCUUGUCGGAAGGCGCCCCUCCCACGUUUGACAGCGCCUCCGAAAAUACCGCCGCAGCCUUCGUGAGGGCGGGAGUCAAUGCGAUGAAUGAGGUCAAUAGGCAGCUUGGAUGGGGAUACGAUUCCUAGUGUUCGUACGGUUGGGAUUUCAGAUGGCGUACGGGAUGUGCUACUAAGGUAUUUUAAUGUAGGCAUGAGGGGUAUUGCCGUUUUUCUUUUGGACUAUCCUUGAUAUUUCAGCCUGUCUCCCACU